GCAUCCAUUUCUUGUCGCUCAGCUCUCCUUCCUGUACUCCUGUGCUCCCGUGCGCCUGUCGUUCCGUGUUUCAAGGCCAAUUAGCGUCGCGAGGUCGUGCAUCUUUGCUUGUUGCCACCGCCGAUCGCGCGAGCAUGGGGGACAACGGCGGAUCUGACUCCGAUUUGCCGAGUCUCGUGAGCGAGAGCGAUGUGGAGGUGGAAGCGGGGGAGGAGGACACGAGGUUCGCGGGGAAGGAGAGCGGCGACGACGCUGGCAGUGCCAACGAGAAAGAAAGGCACGAGUUUACCCACGAGGAAUAUUACGACGACAUCUAUGGCGACUUUGACGAGGAAGACGACGACGACGACGACGAUGACGACGACGAUGACGACGACGACGACGAAGACGACGAUGGCGACGGCGAAGACCUCGAAAACGAGGAGGAUUAUUGGGAAGUCGAGCGGGCCCGAGAUGGCGACGGCUCUAAGAUGGUCACCGGCAAACCCGGCGGGCAGCGCGCCGGCAAGAAUGGCGCCGGCGGAGAUCUGGGCGCUGCGGCCGUGCGGGGGCUGCGCAAGGGGUUCUUUAACGAUGCGGCGGCGGCGGCGGACGAGAAGAAGGGGGCGGAAAAGGGCAGGGGGACGGGGCUGCGCCCGGGAUUCUUGAACAGCGCGCGGGGAGGCGGCGGGGGGGAAGAGGGCGCGAGCGGAGAGGAGGACGAGGCGGAUGCGAAAUGGAACAAGCGGAUGAAGGAGAUGAGCAAAGGGGGCGGGGCGAAGGCGAAAGGGGGGAAAGGGGGGAAAGGGGGGAAGGCGGGUGGCGGCAAGGGGGAUCCGGGUGCAGAUUCUGAGGAGAGCGAGGGGGGAUUCGACGACGACCACGGAGUCCACGUGGACGGCCACGUCUUCGGCCUCCCCCAAGGCAAGCCCCCGCACUCGUCUCGUGCCGACCACCACGAGCAGCACAAGCACCACCCUGAUUUCUCCACCGUCCCCGAAUUUUGCGGCUGCCCCUUCUGCUCAUCCGCGUUUUUCGGCCUCCCAGGGCAAGCGGGCAGCCCCCGCGACCGCAGCCGCAGGGGCGCGAGUCGGAACCAGGCGGACUGGGAUGAGGUGGAGCAGGAGCGCCUGCGCAUCCGGCGGAAGGAGCGCGCGCUGGCGAAGCGGAAGAAGGAGGCGAAGGCGGCGAAGGAGGCGAAGGAGCGCGCGGCGGAGCGUAAGGCGCGGAAGGAGACGGCGGCGGAGCGGCGGAGGAAGGACGAGGAGGAGCGGAAGGAGCGGGGGACGGUGGUGCUGGAGGAGUUGGCGGAAGAGCGGCGGCUGGAGAGGGAGCGCGAGCUGGCGGAGCUCAAAGGCGCAGCCGCGGCGGUGGAGGAGGACGAGCGCGCGGACGAGCUCGUGGGGCGCUGCUGCGCGGGGAUCAGGCCGGCGGACGGCGCGGGGGCGGGCGCGGGCGCGGGGCAGGGCGCUGGAUUCGCGGAUGUGGGCAGGACGGGGGAAGGGGGAAGCGGGUGGCGGUGCCCUGGGGGGAAGGCAGCGGUGGUUUGGGCGCAAAGGCGCAUGUUUGUGAGGUGCAGCGAGGGGUGCCGCGUGGUGUGGCACUACGAGUGCUGGCAGAGCUGCAAGCGCGAGAGCAAGCGCGGCGAGUGGAAGGCCGGCGAGCAGUGCCCCACGCCAGAUUGUGGCGGUGCUGUCGUCAGUGCAUGUCUCAUGGAAGAGGAUAAGGUCACGCACUGGGAGGUGAAGGAGGAGAAGUCAGCAGAGGAGCACCAGAGGGAGAGGCGAAGGGCCAGAGAGAGGGAGCGGGAGAGGGAGAGGGAGAGAGGGGAGGGGGAGGAGCGAAGGCAGGGGGGCAAGAGGCGUGAUAAGAAGGCAAAGGAGCCAGCACCAGUGCAGGGCGCAGCGGCAGCUGAGGCAAAGGCUGGGGAGGCGGUAGGGGGAGGGGCGGCAGAAGCGAAGGAGAAGGAAGCGACGGGGGAAGGGAAUGGCGAUGGUGGUGCUGGUGCUGGUGCUGGUGGUGGAGCGGAGGGGCCGUCAGGCAUUAAACUCAUUCCAGUGUGGGCGGAGGAGGACAUUGAGAACCUGACCAUUAAGGUGUACAAGAAGGGGGGGAGCGAUGGCGAGGAGGAGGAGAAGUCAAAGAAGGUCAACAAGGCGCAUGCCAAGGCGCAGAAGAAGGCGCGCGGCAAGAAGGUCGUCCCCCUCACGGAGUUCAUCCUGCCGUCCGCUCCGCCCCCACCCGCACCGCCCUCCCCAAGGCUCCGCCACAUGGUAGCCGACUGGGAGGAAGCAGGGGGCGGCCGUGAAGCCUCGGCUCCUGGGUCUGGGCCGUCCGACGACCCCCAUGCUCCUGGACCGUCCAACCACUGCCAGAAGCAGAAGCAGCAGCAGCAGCAGCAGCAGCAGCAAGGACAACAGGCGGCAGAUCUGGGGCUAGUGGUUGCAGCCGAAGCAGUGGCGGCAGCAGCAGCAGCAGCUGGAGAAUCAUCAGCAGGAGCCGUUGCAGCAGCAGCUGCCCCUGCGUCUCAGCCAGGACCACCAACUGCUGUGCCCAGCAGCGGCGGCAAUGGUGCUGCAGUGCCCUCGGGGGCGCCUCUCCCUGCGCCGCUGCUGCUGGGCGGCAGUGCGUGGCACCGGGGCAGUCUGGCGGGCGACGAGAGCUGCAGCCGGGAGCGCAUGGAGCAGGCGCUGGGGCCCUUUGUGGUGCGGCAGCAGGACGAGGCGGCGGCGUGCCACGUGUUGGUGGAGGGCGUGGGAGCGGAGGUGGACGAGGUGGACCUGGUGACGUGCUUCACCAGCGCGCACGAGCACCUUGCAGCUCUGCGCCGCUUCCGCACCCAUCACCUCGCCGUCGUCUCCUUCAGCUCGCCUGUGGAGGCAUCCCAUGCGCGCAAGGUGUACAACGGGGUGCACCUCAAAGGUGCACCCAUCACCACACGCUACCUGCUCUCCCAGGUUCCCCCACCGGACAUUUUCAGCGAGUUUCCUCCCAUGCCCACCACUGCUGCUGCGGCUGCAGCUACUGCAGGGGGAGGGGAGGGCGCGGGGAGAGGGGGGGCAGCAGGGGGCGUGGCUGGGGGUGGGAUUGGGGGCGUAGUGGCGUGGCAGAGGGUGGCAGUGGCAAGGGAUGUGUGGACAGCGCCCCCAACCCCCCCUCGGAUCCCAGCACAUCCCUCCGUCACCACCGCUGUUCCAGCCACCAUCCCAUCUGCUCCCACUGCCAAGCCGGCUGCACCUGUCGUCAAACCAGCUGCUCCCAUUGUGAAGCCAGCUGCGCCCGCCACCAAGCCGGCUGCACCUGUUGUCAAGCCAGCUGCUCCCCCCACCAAGCCGGCUCCCGUCACCAAGCCGUCUGCUCCCGCCAUCAAGCCAUCCGUGCGAGUUUCCGCCCCCACGCCUGCUGCCCCUGCCCCUGCUCCUUCCGCCCCACGCCCUACGGCUCGAUCUCAUGGGCCUGUGCCCGCUGCUGCGCCUGAGGGUGUCUCUAGUGACGAGGAGGAGGAGGGGAGGGGUGAGAGUGCUGCAGGGCUAUCAAAGAAACAGAGGAAGAGGCUGAGGAAGAAGCAGCGGGAGGAGGAGAGGACGAGAGGGGAGGAAGAGAAGGGAGGGAGGGAUGCGGAUCGGGUGGUGGAUGCUGGGGGUAAGAGGAAGGGUGUGGUUGAGGUGGGCUGUGAGGGGAAGGGGGAAGGGGGAGGGGGAGGAGAGGAUGAUCAGCAGAAGCUACUGCGAGAACGACAACUGCAGCAGCAACUGGAGCAACAACUGCAGCAACAGCAGGAGCAAGCGCAGCGGCGACUGCAACAUGAGCAGGAACAGCAGCAACUGCAGUGGCAGCAGCAGCAGCAGCAGCAGCUUGAGCAACAGCAGUGGCAACGGCACCAGGAGCAGCAGCUGCAGCUGCAGCUGCAGCAACAGCAACAGCAGGAGGAGCAGCAGCAGCAGCAGCAGCAUCAGCAGCAGCAACAGCAGCAGCAGCAGCAUCAGCAGCAGCAGCAGGCUCGAGUGGAAGUGCAAUGGUCAAGUGAUCAUGACAUGAGUGUGCUCUUCCCACAUCUCUUCCCCAAGGCCCGAUCCCCAGUGCCCUCUGCAGCAUCCGUACCCUCCUCCUGCUCCUCCUCCUCCUCCUCCUCCGCAUCUGCAUCUGCAUCUGCCUCAGCAGCAUCAGCGAGCUCCCUCUCUCCCUCCCCUCCUCCCCUCGGUUCCUACCUCCCCUCUUCUUUCUCCUACCCACCUGCGCUCGUGCCUCUGCAUGCUGCCCCUGCGUCCUCCUCCUCCACCACCCCAUCGCCUCCACCCAUCACGGCCUCGCCUCCUGCCUCUGCAUGUGCAGCAACGUCCUUCCCGGCUGUUUUCCAGGUGGCGUCCACCUCGCACCACCGAGUGCGCGCCCUGCCGCUGUCCUCUGCGCCCAUUCUCGGCCUGCUGCGCCCCGCAUCACUCGUUGUCGCCACCGCAUGCCAAGGCACCUGGCUCAGGGUGGUUGUGCCAGGGCAUGCCGAGGGCUGGUCGCUCGUGCAGAAUGGCCCUGCUGCGUUUCUCGUGCCAUGCAGUGCACCCAUGGAUCUCACCUCUGUUGCGGAGGCCACCGUUCUUAUGCCAGUGGUGCAUCAGCAGCAGCAGCAGCAGCAGCAGCAGCAGCAACAACAUCAGCAGCAUCCAAUGCAGCAGCAGCAGAUGCAGCAACAGAAUCAGAAUCAGCUAAACCCUGGUUCAGCCAGGCCCCACACUUCGCUGCCUGGUUCUCUCCCUGCUGCUCCUGCCACAGCUACUGCUGCCACUACCGCUGUCCCUGCAGACCCAAACCCCGCGCAGCAGCGCCUCCCCCCUCCUUCCUCCUUCCCGCUGCCUCUCUCCCUCAUGCUCGCACUGCAGUCCCGUAUUUCCCCUACUGCCGCGUCCUCUCUCAACCCCACCUCAGCAUCCGUCGUUCCUUGGGCACCUGGUGCUGUUACCAGGGCACCCACUGCGUUACCAGCAAUGGGUGUGGAGCAGAGGCCGAGUGGGGGAGGAGGUGAAGUAUCAGGGGUGGCGGGAGCAGCCGGGAGGAGUGGUGCUCACACCACUUUGAGGGCCAAUACAGCCCCUUUUGCCCCCACUGCUGUCACCAUCCCCACUACAGUCACUGCCGUUCCUCCCAACCUGCCUGCAUCUAUUGCACUCUCCAGCCCAAAUGCGCCUUUCCUCAGUGCUGCUUCCACCGCAUACCCAACUGCCCCAUCUGUUCCAUUCGGUGUGUCAGUGUCAGCCCUGUCAACAGCUGCAGCGUCCUACGCACCUCAGCAUGGCCCGGCGAUGCAGCAUGCGCCAAUUCCCCCACAGCAGCCCUACUCCGUGUGUGCUCCUCCACUUGCUGCCUCUGCUCCCCCCUUCUCAACUGGUGUCUCCGUUGGCCCAUCUCCGCCCUCUCUUGGGGGAGCCAUGGCCAUGCAUAUGCAUCCACAGGGUCAGCAGCAUGUCCACGCGGCCCCGCACAUGCACCCUUCCGCCCAUGCGCACCUUCCUGACAUCUGCCGCUGGUGCUUCGCCCGACGGUCCGAGUACCUCAUUUUGGAUUGCAGGCACCUCGGGCCCUGCACCACAUGCCAUGGCACGACACCAUUUGAUGGGGUGUGCCAUCUGCCCACGUGUGGCAAGCCCAUUGGUCGUCUUCAUCGCAUCUAUCGCUAGCGCUUGUAUCUAGUCCGGUCAACUCAGCAGGCAGCCUGAUUCCUCCGAGUGAAUGUACCUCGUUGGUCCUACUCUCCAUGUUGCACCCACUGUACACAAUGUUUCCUUCAUGCUCUAACACUUGGCCUCUGCUUCAAGAUUUUCCUAGAGCUUGCUCCUGGUCUUGAGGGAGCAGUGAAGGCACUCAACAUUGUUGGUAAUAUCCAAUCAAAGCAAUUUGGCACA